GGUUCGCUAGUCCAGCCGUCAGGAGUUCCCGGAAGUAGUCCAGAGGGGACUUCCGGUGUGGGCUGGGAAAAAUGGCGGUGGUGCGUGUGUUCCCGGCUUUGGCGCGGGUGCUUGUACUGUCAAGGCACAACCUCUUGUCUCCUUUGCUCAGUGUCGCAUCAUCCAGACGCUUCUACAGAGGGAACAGCCCAACAGAUUCCCAAAAAGACCUGAUUGAGAUCCCUUUGCCUCCGUGGCAGGAGAGAACUGAUGAAUCCAUAGAAACCAAAAGAGCCCGCCUGCUAUAUGAGAGCAGAAAGAGAGGAAUGUUGGAAAACUGCAUCCUCCUCAGCCUCUUUGCCAAAGAACAUCUGCACCACAUGACAGAGAAGCAGCUGAACCUCUAUGAUCGCCUGAUUAACGAGCCUAGUAAUGACUGGGAUAUUUACUACUGGGCCACAGAAGCAAAACCGGCCCCAGAAAUAUUUGAAAAUGAAGUCAUGGCACUGCUGAGAGACUUUGCUAAAAACAAAAACAAAGAGCAGAGGCUGCGUGCCCCGGAUCUGGAGUACCUCUUUGAAAAGCCACGUUGAGCUGUGCCCACUGCCUGGCAAGGCGCUCAGUCUGAAGAUGGUAACUGCUCCCAGUGGAUGCUGAUCUUGGCCUCUUGCUUCUUCUGAGGCAUUUAGCUCACUCUCCCUCCCAGGACAUAAAUGUAGCUGAGCCGUGUGA